CGAGAGCUAUUAUUCUGUCUCUCAGUUUCACACCGGUUUGAUCGGGGCUUAGAAAGUAUCAGAAAACAAGAUAGUUCAGGAAAAUAUUUUGCAAAGCGUUAAAAAAAAUAUUUAAAAGCAGUCAAGAAAUUCAGAUAUACUAAGUCAAACAUGUCUAAGCCUUUAUACAAAGUCGCUGAUAUUGGUCUUGCUGAAUGGGGACGCAAAUGUCUUGAAAUAGCAGAAAAUGAAAUGCCUGGAUUAAUGUCAAUGAGGAAGAAAUAUGGAAAGUCCAAACCAUUGCAGGGUGCAAGAAUUGCAGGAUGUCUUCACAUGACUGUUCAAACCGCUGUUUUAAUUGAAACAUUAACAGAGUUAGGAGCUGAGGUUCAGUGGUCAAGCUGCAACAUUUUCUCAACUCAAGAUCAUGCAGCAGCUGCCAUAGCUAAGACAGGGGUACCAGUUUAUGCAUGGAAGGGUGAAACUGAUGAGGAAUACAUAUGGUGUAUUGAGCAGACAAUUUUUUUUCCUGAUGGCAAACCUCUGAAUAUGAUCCUUGAUGAUGGCGGGGAUCUCACUAACCUUGUUCAUGAAAAAUACCCUGAACUCUUAGAAGGAAUAAAAGGCAUUUCUGAAGAAACAACAACAGGCGUACACAAUCUGUACAAGAUGUUUGCAGCUGGUGAGCUUAAGGUCCCAGCUAUUAAUGUUAAUGAUUCAGUCACAAAGAGCAAAUUUGACAACUUGUAUGGCUGUCGUGAAUCUCUUGUUGAUGGCAUCAAACGUGCCACUGAUGUAAUGUUAGCUGGGAAGGUGGCAUGUGUUGCUGGUUAUGGUGAUGUUGGUAAAGGCUGUGCUCAGGCAUUAAGGGCCUUUGGCGCAAGAGUCAUUGUCACUGAAAUAGAUCCCAUCAAUGCACUACAAGCAGCCAUGGAAGGCUAUGAGGUUAGUACAGUGGAUGAAGCUGUGAAAGAAGCUCGCAUCUUUGUAACAUGUACAGGCUGUAAAUCCAUUUUGAGACCAGAGCAUUUUGAACACAUGCUUGAAGACACAGUUGUUUGCAAUAUUGGUCAUUUUGACUGUGAGAUUGAUGUUGCAUGGCUCAAUGCCAAUUGUGCUAAGAAGGAACAAAUAAAACCCCAGGUGGACCGUUACACAAUGAAAAAUGGUCGACAUAUCAUUCUUCUGGCUGAGGGUCGCCUUGUAAACUUGGGAUGUGCUCAUGGUCAUCCAAGUUUUGUGAUGAGCAAUUCAUUUACAAAUCAAGUUCUUGCUCAGAUUGAACUGUGGACUAAAACUUCUGAAUACAAACUUGGAGUUCACAUGUUGCCCAAAAAGCUGGAUGAGGAAGUAGCAGCUGCUCAUCUUGAACAUCUAGGAGUAAAACUGACAACAUUAACAAAGGAUCAGGCAGAUUAUCUCAAUAUCCCACAGUCUGGACCAUACAAGCCUGAUUACUACAGAUACUAAUUUGUAGACAGCUAAGAUAAUGAAACUCUCUCUGCAUACCAGUUGUAAUCAUAUUUAGUGUAUGACUGCAUUAUUCCAAAAAUCUAAUUCCCAUAAAGAUCAAAUAAACAGAUUCAGUGUUAACAUAAUGAAUAUUAUAGGUUGACUGGUCUCAUGGUUUUUUUUUAUACCUAAUUUCUGUCAUUUCAUGUUGCAAUGUGUUCAAGCUGUACUGUAAGCAGUUGUUAAAAAAAAAAAUAAACAGAUGUAUGAAAUUGAA